AUGAGCGAACCUUGUGGCCACAUUGACUUUUACCCAAACAACGGUAAGGAACAGCCUGGCUGUGAUCUAACGGAAACUACAUUACCUUUCACUCUCAUCAAAGAGGGAAUUGAAGAAGCAAGUCAUGUUUUAGUUGCUUGUAAUCACGUAAGAGCCAUAAAACUGUUCAUCGAGUCUAUAAACUCAAAAUGUUCAUACGUCGCACACAAAUGCAACUCGUAUCAAAACUUCUUACAGGGUAAAUGUUUCUCGUGCAAGGAGAAUGAUACAGGAUGUGCCAUAAUUUUCUUAAAUACAGUAAGACCAAACCAUGCACCGGGUUCCAAGUAUUUCAUAACUACUGGGAAAGAUACGCCAUAUUGUAGACGACAAUACAAGGUCAUGUUGGAUUUGGCCAAGCCACCUAGGGCUGAGUCCUGGGUUCAAGGUUUUAUGAAACAUGAAAGUGUCGUUACAUAG